AUGCAAGGCCCAGAUGCAGCUCCUGCUGCCCCAACUGCCCCACGUCCACGACAUAGGCGCCGUGGGAGAGGCCCCGCCACUCGCGAAGUCCAACAGAACGGAUCGACACAACCUUUGAACAACCAGACCGUAGCCCCCGUGCAGCAACAGCAACAGCAACAGCAACAGAAUGGCGCUGCUGAGUCUGGUCAGCAGAGCACACAACAAGAGCAAUCUCGGCAGCGAAGGCCAAACAAAGAAGGACGGGGAUCGGGAGCCCGGAGAGGCCGUGGCAAUGGAGGUCGAAGAGGCGGGCAAGCUCAGAAUGCGGAGCAAGGCGAGCAAAUAUCUCAGCCCCAGUCUCGGGGUAUGAGGGCUCGAGGAUUUGCAGCUCGUUUGACGAGACCAGAUCAAGAGUCGGUCGAACAGAGCCAGGACCAUGCACCGGAUGGUGAUGGCGACGCUAGCCUCCGGGCAGAUGCUCCUGAUUUCGUACCUGGAAUGCCACCAUCAACUACUCAGCCUCCCCCACAGGCAAAGGGCAAAGGGAAAGCAAAGCCAAAAGCCCCACCAAAGCCGCCCAAGGUCACCACCAAAUCCAUUGCCGAUGAUAUCGCCACCCGUAUCCAUGAAGACAUUGCCCAUAACCUGUACGAAUGUCCCAUCUGCACUAGUGAGCUCGGCCGGCGAUCAAAGGUCUGGGCUUGUGAACUGUGCUGGACCGUCUUCCAUUUGAGCUGUAUCAAGAAGUGGUCCACGAAUGAGGGCGCGGCUGCCGCCCAGAAUCGUCAGACACAAGAAGGUGCAACCUCCUCGGCUCCCAAGGCCUGGCGUUGUCCCGGUUGUAACCUCUCUCAUGAGGUAUUCCCGUCUACUUACAGCUGUUGGUGUGAGAAGGAGGUUGACCCGAGACCAUUACCUGGCUUACCUCCGCACUCUUGUGGACAGACAUGUUCACGGCCUCGCAAGGGUUGCCCGCAUCCAUGCGACGCUACCUGUCAUGCUGGGCCUUGUGCGCCAUGUACUGCAAUGGGUCCAACUCAAGACUGUUUCUGUGGUCGGAAUUCGUCAACCAAGCGGUGUCAAGACACUGAUUACGAGCGUGGAUGGAGCUGUGGUGAGAUUUGUGGAGACCUUCUACCUUGCGGCGAACAUACUUGCUCUCUGCCCUGCCAUGAGGGCUUGUGUGGUGCUUGUGAAGUUAAGAUCGAGGCUCGUUGCUACUGUGGCAAGGUGCAGACUGAAAUGCUUUGCAGCUCAAGGGACGAAGAGCUGGAUAGUAAGAUGAUUCGCGAUGAUGGAUCGGAGGAAGAGUGGACGGGAUGCUUCGGUUGCAACGAUGUUUGCGAUCGUCCUUUCGACUGUGGUUUGCAUUCUUGCAAGAAGGCUUGCCAUCCCCAGGAUUCCCAUCCUGCUCACUGCCCCAAGUCGCCAGACAGUGUCACCCGUUGCCCAUGUGGUAAAACCCAGUUGACCGACAUCCCCGGCUUCACCUCUCGUACCUCUUGCGAGGAUCCUAUUCCGAAUUGCCUGGAGCCAUGUGGCAAGAUGCUUCGUUGUGGUCAUUCUUGUGAUCAGAUUUGUCACACGGGCCCUUGCGGAACAUGCAGGCGUCGUGUCCCUGUUGCGUGCCAAUGUGGACGCAACAGCGCCAUGAGUAUCUGUCACCAAGGCGAUAUCAACCAUCCCCAAUGCUUCCGCCAGUGCAAGACCACGUUGCACUGUGGCCGUCACGCUUGUACCGAGCGAUGCUGCCCUGGAGAACAAAAGGCCCUUGAACGACAGGCUUUCCGCCGAAAGCUUAAGUCUCAUCUUCGCCCUACCGACGAGGAUAUCGAGGCAGAGCACAUUUGCACCCGGAUCUGUGGUCGACUGCUGAAAUGCGGACGACAUACAUGCCCGGAGCUCUGCCACAAGGGCGCCUGUAAUACCUGCCGAGAAGCAAUCUUCGAGGAGGUCUCUUGCAACUGCGGACGAUCCAUUUUGUAUCCACCGCAGCCAUGUGGCACAAAGCCGCCUUCGUGCUCGUUCCCCUGUGGACGCCCCAAAACGUGUGGACAUCCGCAGACUGCGCAUAACUGUCACACGGAUGAGGAGAAUUGUCCCAAGUGUCCGUUCCUGACUGAGAAGGAAUGUCUGUGUGGCAAGCGGGUGACGAAAAAUGUACCCUGCUGGCUCACAGACGUACGUUGUGGUCAGGUUUGUGGCGCCCUUUUGAAGUGUGGUUCCCAUUAUUGUAAAAAGGAUUGCCAUCGACCGGGUGAAUGCGAAGACGCGGAUAAGCCUUGCCAGCAGGCAUGUGGAAAGACCAAGACGCUGUGUGGCCAUCCUUGCGCCGACCAGUGCCAUGCUCCAUACCCGUGCCCAGAGAAGACGCCUUGCUCAUCCACGCUUACAGUAACAUGUAGCUGUGGGCGGCUGCGUCAGGAGAGACGCUGUGGUGCUGCUAAAGCCGUUACCUCCAAGGGCCAGCUUCAGCAGCCAGAGCGUUUGCCAUCGCUUACCCCAUUGACGUGCGAUGACGAGUGCUCCCGUCUAGAGCGGAACCGUUCUCUGGCAUCUGCGCUCGGCGUUGACAUCGACAAGACGACCACCGUGCAGGCUUUCACGGCGUCUAACCUCCCAUACUCUGCCGAGACACUCGAUCAGUAUAUUAAACUUGCCUCGACGGCUCCACUCUCGACCCUCCAAACCUACGAGUCGAGUCUGCACUCUUUGGCAACUGAUACCACGAACCGUUCAUUCCGCUUCCAGCCUGCCAAGUCAACUCUUCGAGCUUACGCCCACUCGCUCGCGACAGACUGGGGCUUCGUCACUGAAAGCCAUGACCCCGAACCACAUCGACAUGUCUUCGUCCUCAAGCCGCUAACCUGGACACCACCAGUCUUCGGCAUGGGCAGCGGCUCAUCUAUCGGUAUCGGAGGUAUGAGCGUGCGCGAGUGCGUCAAGCUCCGCGAGCGGGAACGCACCAAGGAACGCGACGCUCAACGCGCCGCCGCACUCGAGGCAAAGGCCGCCCGAGACGCUGCUAAAUCACAAACUGGCGCCGAUGGCUGGGCUCAGGUUGCUUCUCGGGGCAAGAAGUCUGGAGCAGAUAGUAGCACGGCUAGCACCAGAAGUACUACGCCAGUUCAGAAUAUUUUCCAGAGCCGGUCUAUCUAUUCUGCUCUCGCUGGGGGUAAAAUGCCUGAUACGUCGAGCCAGUCGUCCAAGAAGGAGCGCUUAGUCCUUCGUUCUGGUGUUGGCGCAGGCAAGGCCCUUCGUUCCCAACCCUCAGCCGAAGUCGUUGACAGCUGGGAGGAAGCUGAGGAGAAAGAAGAGCAGGCUGAGCAAGCUGAACAAGAGCAAAACAAAAUCUCGGUCGAGGCGCUGACAGAGACUGUGGAGAGUGCUCCAGAAGUAGUUGAUCAGCCAGUGGAAGCUGAUACUCAUGACACUCCGGCCCCCGAUUCUGCCGAGGGUGAAACUGAACGCGUUUGA